UGAGCCGACGCGAGUUUGGCGUCAUCGGCGGCGGGUGGGCAAUCUAUCUGCCUUUUUUCCCCUGGCCUUUUUACUGUCGCACCGACCUGGGUAGGUUAAUUUAGUAGUAGUAGAUAUGCGAGAAACACAAACACAAACGCCCGCCUUCAUUUCCUGUGCGGCUCUGCCACACACACGCUCCCACGCACACCACCUCUUUCUUCCGCCUUCUUCCCUUUCUCUUCCGUUCCGUUCACUUUAUUUCCUUUUCUUUCACCAUCCCUUCCCUCUCUCUGGUGACGCCCUCUUCUUUCGUUCUCGUGAUCGUCUCUCGAUUGCGCUGACCACGAGGAUACAAAAACCGCCAAUCUCGCCGCCGCGUCUUGAGCUCGCAUAAAGCCCCCCCCCCCCUUCUCUCCCAACGCGGGAACCCUCUUCCCAUUCUCGCAGCCGCACCGCCUGCGCGCGACGUUUCCGUUGCCCGUCAUGGCCCCCGCCGUCUUCAACACCAUCCUCAACACGCUCUUCAGCCCUCAGAAGCCGGAGGAGUCCAGCGCCCACCCGCGCACGCCCUCGGACGGCGGUGGCGGCGACGACGCGCGCCCGCCGCUGUCGCCCAAAGCCAAGACAACGUCCAAGAAGAACCAGAACCGCUCCCCUGCGAGCACCAGCAAUACCUCGACGCCGCAGGUGGCGAAGAGCACCGGCAAGGUGCAAAAGAGAGAGCCCGCGGGCAAGCCCGCGUCGACGCACGAAUCUUUCGAUGGCCCGUCGACUCCGACGCGCGCGCCGUUGAAGCGCGCCGCCGCCCCCUCGUCGCCAGCCAUGUCCGAUGCGCCGGCCGUGACGACACCCGAGAGCCGUCCCAAGUCGUCGGGAAAAGCAUCUCACGCCGCAGACAAACCGGCAGUCACGGCGCGGAAGGGGCAGCAGAAGAGGCAGCAAACCCAGACGCAGUCCCCACAGCCGCAGUCCCAGCAGAAGCGACGGGAACGAGUCGCGCGGCCGGCCGAAGACGCCAUGGAGGUUGACGACGAGCGUCGCGCCGAGACAGACAUUGACGACAAGCACGAAGACGAAAUCGAGAACAACAACGAGGCCGCCGACGAUGAGGGCGAUGAAUUCUCAUUCAAGCGCUUCGGGGACUGGCGCUGGGCGGCCAACGGCACGUCCAUUGAGAUCGAAGUGGAGUGGGCGGCGGGCGACACGACGUGGGAGCCCGAGGCGAACCUGCACGAGGACGCGCCCGACGCGCUGCUGGGCUACUGGCGCGAAGAGGGCGGACGGCCGGUGAGCCCGACGGACCCGGACGUGUACGACAUCCUGCGGGUGCGCGACCACAGUGCGGACCGCAAGCAGCUGCUGGUGGAGUGGGUGGGCUUCGGGCCCGAGGACGCGACGUGGGUGUCGCGGCGGAGCGUGGAGCGCACGGCGCCGUCGGUCGUGACCGCGUACAUGAGGGCGCUCAACGAGGACAAGGCGCCGCCGCGCAAGCGGGCCAAGAAGGCUGCCAAGGCGACGAUGGCGAGCAGCAGCAGCACGAGCUCGGCGGGCAGGGCCAAGGGCCCGGCGCGGACCAGCAAGGCGACGGCCGCCACCAGGGCUGCCGGCUCGGCUACGGGCGACGAGAGCGAAGGAGCAAGUGUCGCGCCCCCUGCCCCUGCCACUGCCACUGCCACCAAGAAGCGAGGCAGACGAGCGGCGAUGGUGCCGGCGAAGCGACGGCCGGGCGUUGCCUACCGCAAGUAAAGGCGCGCGGAGGGGCGGCGACCGGGUUGGGACGAGGCCGGGAUGAGGGUGCCGGCCGCGGCCGUGCACCAUCACCAUGACCAGCAGCAGCGCCCAGCAACGACAACAGCAUCACAGCAACAAUGACAAGCACAACAACAACAAAUACUGUCGCAAUAUGAAAUGCAUGCGGCACAGGAUGAGGGGCCUGAGACGGCUAGAGGUCAGGGACAGGCGUUAAGGAGUGUGUUUGUGUAUAAUGGAGACUGUUUUGACGACGAGAUUGUUUUUCUUUGCUCUCUCUCUCUUCAGGGCAGGAACGGAUCGGGCUGACAACACGAGCAAGCCUGGGGAGCACAAAAGCUGAUGAGGCAUGGAGCAUGGGGUUGGGUGAGCGAGCGAGCAAGGGCACACGCACGCUCUUGACACGGGGGGUUACGGUUACGGCCCAAGCAAGGCACGGGCCUGUGUGUACGAUAGCACGUCGAUUUCCGGGUGGUUAGUAGUUCAUGGCACGGGGCUGCCUGGCUGCGGGCGAGCCCAAGUCACGACGACGAGGACUUUGUCCUGGGUACUUGGUAGCGAGCUAGGGGGGUCCCAUGUCCAUACACGACUCGCACGGACGAAGGGGUGGGGGGUUCUGAAGUGUGUACGUAGUGGACGAAUGCUAUCAAGUG